CGCGCCGGCUUUGAGCAUCCCUGGCGGGCCUGCGGGAGGCCCUGGGGCUGCGGCUCCGGUGGCCGCGGCCCCGCCCGCCUUCGACAUGGCCAGUUCCGGAGAGGACACGUCCAAUGAGGGCGACGUGCCCCCCGCGGCAGCCACCAUCUCGGUGGGCGCCCACCUUCUUGGCUUCUCGGAUGAGAUCCUCCUGCACAUCCUGAGCCACGUGCCCAGCACGGACCUGGUUCUGAAUGUCCGGCGCACCUGCCGGAAGCUCGCAGUUCUGUGCCUGGACAAGAGCCUUACCCAUACUGUGGUGCUACAGAAAGACUAUGAGGCGAGCGAGGACAAGGUGAGGCAGGUGGUGAGGGAGAUCGGCCGUGAGAUCCAGCAGCUCAACAUGGCCGGCUGCUACUGGCUGUCGGGUGCCACCAUCGAGCACGUGGCCCGCUGCCGCAGCCUGGUGAAGGUGAACCUGUCGGGCUGCCACCUGACCUCCCUGCGCCUCUCCAAGAUGCUGUCUGCUCUCCAGCACCUGCGCUCCCUGGCCAUCGAUGUGAGCCCUGGCUUCGACGCCGGCCAGCUGAGCGGCGAGUGCAAGGCCACGCUGAGCCGCGUGCGGGAGCUCAAGCAGACACUGUACACGCCCUCGUACGGUGUGGUACCCUGUUGCACCAGCCUCGAGAAGCUGCUGCUCUACUUCGAGAUCCUGGACCGCACGCGGGAGGGUGCCGUGCUCUCGGGCCAGCUCAUGGUGGGCCAGAGCAAUGUGCCGCACUACCAGAACCUGCGCGUGUUCUAUGCACGCCUGGCUCCCGGCUACAUCAACCAGGAGGUGGUACGCCUCUACCUGGCCGUGCUCAGCGACCGCACGCCCGAGAACCUCCACGCCUUCCUCAUCUCUGUGCCUGGCAGCUUCGCGGAGAGCGGGGCCACCAAGAACCUCUUGGACUCCAUGGCCCGCAACGUCGCGCUGGAUGCCCUGCAGCUGCCCAAGUCCUGGCUCAACGGCUCGUCGCUCCUCCAGCACAUGAAGUUCAACAACCCCUUCUACUUCAGCUUCAGCCGCUGCGCCUUGUCUGGCGGCCACCUGCUCCAGCGGGUCAUCAACGGCGGGAGGGACCUCCGGAGCCUGGCGAGCCUGAACCUCAGCGGCUGCGUGCACUGCCUGUCUCCGGACUCACUGCUCCGCAAGGCGGAGGACGAUAUCGACAGCAGCAUCCUGGAGACACUGGUGGUGUCCUGCCGCAACCUGCAGCACCUCAACCUGUCGGCUGCGCACCACCACAGCGCCGCCAGCCCUGGCCGCCACCUCUGCCAGCUGCUGGCCCGCCUGCGCCGCCUGCGCUCUCUGUCCCUGCCUGUGUGCGCCGUUGCUGAGCCGGUGCCGCGGCCCGACCGCACUGCUGCCGCCACCCCGCCCGCCCCACAUGCCGUGCCCCGCGGCUGUGGCAAGAAGGUGCGCAUCGGCGUGCAGCCGUGCCCUGUGGCCGUCGCGGGGCAGGCGGCGCCCCAGCCCUCCUCCGUGUUCUGGUCCCUGCUGAAGGACGUGCCCUUCCUGGAGCGCCUCGAGCUCAUUGGGUCCAGCUUCUCCUCUGCCAUGCCACGCAACGAGCCCGCCAUCCGCAACUCCCUCCCGCCCUGCAGCCGAGCGCAGAGCGUCGGCGACGCGGAGGUGGCCGCCGUUGGCCAGCUGGCCUUCCUGAGGCACCUGACGCUGGCCCAGCUGCCCGGCAUCCUCACGGGCUCCGGGCUGGUCAGCAUCGGCCUGCAGUGUCAGCAGCUGCAGUCCCUGUCACUGGCCAACCUGGGCCUCAUGGGGAAGGUGGUCUACACGUCUGCUCUUUCGGACAUGCUGAAGCACUGCAAGCGGCUGAAGGACCUCAGGCUGGAACAGCCCUACUUCAGCGCCAACGCCCAGUUCUUCCAGGCCCUGAGCCAGUGCUCCGCACUGCAGCGCCUGUGCCUGGUGUCCCGCAGCGGCACCCUCCAGCCUGAGGCUGUGCUGGCCUUCAUGGCGCGCUGCCUGCACGUCGUCGUGUGCCACAUGUUCACGGGGGAGUCCCUGGCCACCUGCAAGAGCCUGCAGCAAUCCCUGCUCCGAAGUUUCCAGGCCGAGCGGCCCGCGCUGAACGUCGUCAUCUUUCCUCUACUCCACGAGGGCCUGACCAAUGUCAUCCGGGACGUCCCCAUGGUGCACCUGGAUGAGAUCACCUUAUUUAAAAGCAGAGUGGCCGAGGAGCCACCAAACUUGUGGUGGUGACAGGGACAGCUCGCACUGACUGAAGCUGCUACCGUCAGCCAAGUCUCCUGCCUGCUGCCGUCACCUCUGUCCAUCUCGGCCAGGACACAGGACUGCCCUGAUUGGGCACGUGGCCUUGCUGCUGCUCUCCACCCGCCCCUGCUGGACGCCAGGGCCCGUUGCAUCGCAAGAGGAAGGAAGCCCCACCCACCGGGCUGUCCAGUGCGCCCACCCCCGCCCCCAGGGCCUCCCGGGGGCUUCCUCUUGCUUUCUCUUGGCGCUCAGCGAAACGUGAGUUGAAGGAAGGAAGAGAAGGAAGAGCUGGCUGUCAGGGUGACCUGUGGGGCCCUGCGUGGGUGUUCCUGACCUGAGACGCGCGUCCAUCACAGGGCACUGACUCCCGGGGGCCCUGAUUGGGUCCCCAGAGCACUGCAGGGCCCCAGAGCUGCCCCCACCGCCACUCAGCUCUCCAGAGUGUCUGUCUGCACAUGUGUUCCGGGCCACCUGCCGUCAGGCUCUGUGGAGGGGCAGCCGGGGGGGCCCAGUGCUGGGGUGACAGUGCACGUACCCAUGAGGGUGACUUGGCUCAUCCUGUGACGCGACGGCGCAGCUGGUGACCGUGCUCCCCUUCCCUCUGGCAGGCGGGGAGCACAACGCGGGGAGGAGCUCACAGGUUUUGUGGCUGCAUGUUUGGGCUUCUCCUUCCCAGUAAUACUCGUUUUAACCCGAUAAUGUCCCCAGUGUGUUGCCAGUCAGACGGUGUCAGCCACGGUCAGGGCUGCUGGCUGGGCAGGGCCCCCCGGGGGCUGGGAUUGCUGGGGGCGGCCUUGGAUCUGGCCCGCCAUACGACCGUCAUGACAUUCAGCUUUAGAACCUGAAGUCCCCACAAAGACCUGUGUUUCUGGGGAAGUACAGAUAAACCGACUUCGUUAAAGAAACCUGAAAUAUUAAAACUUAGCAAGGAUAUCUAAGGCCAGAGUACUGAUCAGAUUACCCUGUUUCAUACAGCUUUAUUUAGCACUUUAAAAAAUUCAGUGCAGCUAUUCCAAAAAUGGGGAGCGACCGCCCAACGUCCAGGGCCUCGCUCCCUGUGCGGAGCCCACUGCCUCUGCCUUCUCGACUGCAAGAUCCCCCCCAGAGCCGGUGGGCCCUUGGCCGGGAGCUUCCUCGGGGCUGUGGUUGGGCUCCCUCCACCCGGAGUCCGGCCCCGCCUGGCCUUGGAGAUGCUCCUGGAAACCCGCAGGGCUGCCGGUUGCCAGCCGGCCGGGGGCGAGCCAGUCUCUGCAGGGGUGGCCUCUUGCUCUGGGCUAGGGGCGCGGAGCCCGCUGGGCCCUGCUCAGACUGCGGGGCCCACACCGGCUGUCGGCUGCUCUCCGGCCCCCAGCCCGGCCAUCUUCCCACUCUUUCUGUGGGGACGGUCUCCCUGACUCUCCUGUUGUGUGUAUGUAGCAUGUCCUGCGGUUUAUCUUUAGAAGACCAGGUCCCUGGGUUUUUCAUUUGCUUUUCCUUCCCUGGACUCUUGAAGGGCAAACGGUUCAGCAGCCCCCGACCCCACCGGGUUGGGGGAGUCCGGGGCUGGGGAUGGGCAGACAGCAGCUGCAGGGAUCAAGCAGGGCUGGGGUCAGGGUCCUGGGAGGAGCGGUCUGCCCGGCAGCCUCUGUGCGUCCCAGCGCUCUCCUCUCCCCUGUCUGAGUGGAUGGGGUUUGCAUGGGUGGAGGGGCGGUUCACGUGCCCCUUCCCUGCCCUGGCUGCAGCUGCUGGUUCUUGCCAACCUGGCCAGAGGGACUGGUCUGCCGGCCCUACAGCCUUCACCUUGGAGGUCCUGCUGUGGUCCGAAAGCUACGCCUGGCCUUGCAGGCUGAGGGAGAGACUGCCCUGAGCCCCAGAGAUACAGAGCCAAGGUCCCCAGAGGGCCACAUGGCCAUAAAUGAGGGUCUGAGCGUUGGUGGGAGCAUCUCCCCUCCCCAGUUUGGGUACAUGUCUUUCAGGUGGUACUUAGAGGUCCCUGGCCAAGAAGGGUGGUCAGGAAGGGUGGUACAGGGACUGUGCACUUUCAUGCUCGUGUCUGGCCAUGGCAUGACCGCUAGGGAGGUGUGACCCAGCAGGGAGGUGGGCCAGGGCCCUGGGUGGCUCUGGGUGCCCUGGCCUUCAGAGCAAGCCAGGCUUGGGCUGGAGGAUGUGCUUUAUGGGCUGCGAUCGUGUGUUCCCGCGCUCCCCCCCUGGCCUGUUCUCAUGAGCAAGCAGCUUCAACCAGGGCGUUUCUUAUGCCACCAAGCAGGCUGGGAGGGGCCGUUCGGCAGAGCCUGGGGGCAUGAGCUGCCAUGGAACGCGGCCCCCAAACAGUAGACCCUGUAUUUUUAGUGUCCCCCGUAGCCAUUCUUUUACUUAGAGCAGGAAUUUCCGCUGCUUCAACACCCGAGACAGGAUCCACCAGAUGUUAAUAAUGUGCUUAUUCUCGCUAAGUGCCAUUUUGGCAGCGGCGUUAAUUGCAAUUUAUAUUCUGCAGCAUUUUAUGCUGGGAAAAGAACCCACCCUAAUGGUCCCCAAUUGGCAGAACUGGGCUGUUAAGUGCGGACCAUAUGCUGCCUGCUGAGAGGGGCCGGGUCAGCGCCGGUGGCCGCAUGUGCGUGUGUGUCCGUCUGCGCGCGCACAUGUGUGUGUAGUCUGCUGUGUGCACAUGUGUUGUGUGCACGCGUGUGUGCACAUCUCUGCAUGUGAUCAAGUAUGCAUCUUUGCACGUGUGCACGGGUGCACAUGUGUGGGAGAGGGAGAGAAAACAGCCCCCGGAGGCAAGGUGGGAAUGAGGGAGGAGAGAUCAGGGUGUUUAUCCCUCUGUUGAAAUAGGAACCCCCUGCCCUCCCACGGCCGCUGCUCCCUGGUGGGCCCAGUGCGCCCCCGGACCUGCUGGCUCGCCCCUCGCUCCUUUCCCCACCCGGCCCUGCUGCUCCCCAGGCUCUGACUUGCUACCACACCACCAGGGCCCCUGGCUGAGAGUCUGAAGGUGCUCCCCUGGGGGGUGUACCCCAAGCACGAGGAGAGCAGGGGCCUGCAGGCUCCCUUCCCUGCGAUUGGCUUUUCAUUGUCACGUGUGAGUAUUUUCAUUUCCGAGCCCAAGUAGGCUGGACGGGGGCUACUUCCCUCUGUCAUAUGACGGGGUGCAGACCUUAUCCCUGCCUGGCAGCUGCCCUUCUGAGAAACCAAGGAUUCGAGGGUCUGGGCCCACAUGUCCUCCCAGCUGGAGGGUGUGCUCUGCUCAUCCGGGACAGGGCCUGGAUGACGCCGCACACACCUCGGGCGACCCCCGCUGCGGGCCACUGGGCCGGGAGGACGAAGUGUAGCGGGUCCCUGGCUGGGAGAGCGGGCCGGGGGACGCUAGGCCGCAGGAGCCGGAGGACCCAGAUGUCUGUGGGCCCACAGGGGUCUGAAACCAGCACGUGCCAUCCUGAUCAGGCCAGCAGCCCUCCCCGAGUCUGGGCCAAGAAGGCGGCGACCCCGUGGCCUCUUUCCACUUUGCGGGAUGGGGACCCUGCCCUGGGGAGCCACCCUCACGACCUCUGAGUGGCCCUGGGGCAGCGGGCAGCCUCCUGCUUCAGCUUGCUCUUGUUAUUUGCUCCUCGGGGGUUGGCGAACUGCUGACACUUUAUAAGAAGAAAUAACGCGGAGUGAGGCAUGAAUGCGGCCGGCAGUGGGGGACUCCGGUGGUUUUGGCCAGAAAACGGGAGGCGAUGGAGACGUGGAAGGAGGACUAGAGGCUGCAGUUCUCGCGGCCCCAAACCUCGUCCUCUGCUUGGACAGGAGGGGACGGGAUUGUGCAGCAGGGGUGCGGGUGCCUGUGUGGUGCCCAGCAGCCUCCUCCGUGGUGGGGGCACAGGGUUCUCACGGGAUUUCCGAGGUCUAGGAUGCAGGCUGGUAGGUGUCGCCUGGAUGUCUACCUUCUGGAGCUCCUCCAGAAACCACGGGAGUGGGGGCGUUGCGGGAACGUUACUGGGUCCACUCCGGGCCUGCUGGAUAGGGAACAUGGGGCCCCGGCUGCUCGUUGCCGUGAGGUCAGGGAGCCAAGCUUGCCUCCUGGGAGGCUCGGUUUUGCCAGGAGCUCUAGACCCGACGAGAGAGUGGCUUUCCGUGGAGUCCUGACAGCAUGGACAGGACGUGUCCCUGCUGUGCUCGGUGGAAUGAGCAGGUUGGGGGGGGGGGUCACAUGACACCCGUGGCACAGGUGGGUGUCCAGCGCCGGCACCAGCUGCCCCUCUGCCCACCUGCCACUGCCUGUCCCCGUGCGACUGGCCCAGGGCAUUGCGCUCGGCACAUUUCCAGGGGGCGCGGGGUAAGUUGGCCAGGGGUCUCACAGUAUGUGGUGACCAGGUGCUAAGUGACCAAAUAUGUGUCACCUGCCUUUCCACACAGACCUCCUCAGCCGUCUGGUGAUGCCCACUCCUGAAUUUUGUGUCCACAUGACAUUUUGAAUGGAUAUUUUCAUGUAAACUUGUGGCAUGUGAAAAGUUUCAAAUAAAGUGGACUUGAUUUAGAAAA